AUGGUGGAAGGUCAAAAGAUUUUAAUCGACAUCUGCGAAGAGUUAAACGUCCCUCGAUACCUAGCCAGUGAUUACACCGCUGACUACACAAAACUUGACGGGGGGGACAUUAUUCUCAAGGACCCGAUGAAAGACGUUCGCACGUACUUAAGCACUCGGUUAAAAGUGAAAGGCAUACAUGUUCUAGUUGGACUCCUGAUGGAGGUGUUCUGGACCUAUUUCGGUGUCUGGGACCCAGAGCACCGAAAGCUUCGGUACUGGGGAACAGGAAACGAGGUCUGGGAUUUAACAACGUAUAACACGGCUGCGGAGUAUGUCGCGGCAGUGAUUCUCGACGCUAAAGCAGUAGGCAUAAAGCGAUUUGCCGGCCACCAGGUAACGAUAAACAGAAUGGCAGAGGACAUCAACGUCGUACUCGGUGUUGAGCCAGAGGUAGAAUGUGCCGGCUCCGUGGAUGAAGUCCAACAGCGGAUCUCGCUGGAAGGCGGGCGGCAGAAUCCGGUAGCAUAA